AUGGCUUAUUUUAGUCCAACUCUUCAGUCUUCUCAAUCUCCAUCUAAUUCUAGGCCAUCUACUUAUUCCCCUCCACCUGCACCUGAAUUUAAUAGCCCGCCUUGUUCUUUGGCCAGCCAACCAGGAUUGGAACAGGUUACAUAUCAGCUCCAGCAGUUGGCUCUAUUGGCGAGGCCAUAUACUUAUUCCCCUCCACCUGCACCUAAAUUUAAUGGCCCGCCUUGUUCCUUGGCCAGUCAUUCAGGAUUAGAACAGGUUCCAUAUCAGCUCCAGUCGCUAGCUCCAUUGGCAAACGUUGAUGAGACGAGGCAGUGGCUGACUAACAAUAGGUUUGCUCCUUACAUCUCUCUCUUUGCUAAUUAUGGAGGUACUGACCUAAUGGGAUUAAGCCGUAAUGAUUUGAUGGAAAUAUGUGGCAUUGUUCAUGGUAUACGACUAUAUAAUGCACUUCAUAUGAGGAUAUACAUAUCACUAGAAGAAGGCAGAGAGUACCAUCCUAUUUCGAUGAACAAACUCACGGUUGUCCUCCUUAAAGAGUGGAUUGCUGGAAGGCUCUCGAUACCUCCGUCAGUAAUCACUGCACUUCUUUUAGAGGACGAUUGUGGAAGACUGGUCUAUAUCGAUAAUAGUGUUAGUAAAAUGUCAAUCAGUCAAUAA